AUGCGUUCCAAGUUCAAGGACGAGCACCCCUUUGAGAAGCGGAAGGCUGAGGCUGAGCGCAUCCGCCAGAAAUACGCCGAUCGCAUCCCAGUUAUCUGCGAGAAGGUUGAGAAGUCUGAUAUCGCGACCAUCGACAAGAAGAAAUAUCUCGUUCCCGCCGAUCUUACCGUUGGACAGUUUGUGUAUGUCAUUCGCAAGCGCAUAAAGCUGUCCCCCGAAAAGGCGAUCUUUAUCUUCGUGGAUGAGGUCCUUCCUCCCACUGCUGCUCUGAUGAGCAGCAUCUACGAAGAGCACAAGGACGAAGAUGGCUUCCUCUACAUCACAUACUCUGGUGAGAACACUUUUGGUGACUUGUAG